AUGGGCUUCGCCGAGCUUCGCCUGGGCGCCUACGUCCCGCCAAUCCACUACUGGCGCGGCAUCUCGGAGUCGCUGAGCACGCUUUCGGGCCCGUCCAACAUCAUCACGACCUCCGUGCCGCCCUCGGGCUCCAUCGAGGAGCGCGCCGCCAAGCUGGGCGCCGACAUCGCCGCCAAGGCCGGCGGCCGCGCCGUCAACAUUGUCGCGCACUCCAUGGGCGGCCUCGACGCGCGCUACAUGAUCUCCCACCUCAAGCCCGCCAACGUCAAGGUCAUGAGCCUCGUCACCGUCGCCACGCCGCACCGCGGCAGCGCGUUCGCCGACUUUCUGCUCGACGAGCGCGGGCCCGUCAAGCUCGCGAACCUGUACGGCCUCAUCGAGCGCGCCGGGCUGGGCACGCAGGCGUUUGGGCAGCUGACGCAGAAGUACAUGGAGGACGAGUUCAACCCGCGCACGCCCGACAGCGACGAGGUGCGGUACUUUAGCUACGGGGCGUGCACGGACCGGCCGCCGCUGCUGAGCCCGUUCCGGCAGAGCCACCGGAUCCUGGAGGAGGCCGAGGGGGCCAACGACGGGCUGGUGAGCGUCGCGAGCAGUCGCUGGGGGAAGUAUCAGGGCACGCUGCUGGACGUGAGCCACCUGGAUCUGAUCAACUGGUCCAACAGGCUGAAGUGGACGCUCAGGAAGGUGUGGAUGGGGCAGACGAGGACGUUCAACGCCGUCGCGUUCUACCUGGACAUUGCGGACAUGUUGGCCAAGGAGGGGUUGUAA